GCAAGAUUUUGGUGGUAUUGCAGCAGCAGCAGGCUCACUAACGCUCAGGAAGUGGAAUUUGUGGUUUCAGGGGCUGAGCUCAGAAGGGGUGUUUAGAAAGAAAAGGUCCAGCGCAAGACACCGAUUCUUCAGAGACGACGACGAGGAGGAAGAGAGGUCUGUGUAUUGAAGGUCCCCGAGGAAAAAGCAAGAGGCAGGCAGCAACCGUCUCCUUCCAUCGCCUUUCUCCAUGAGCACUUCCCGCAGGACUGGGGACGACUUGGAGAGAGCCGCCGCCGCCUCUCGACGGGACGCGCCGAGGCAGCCCGCGCCGCGGGGACUGGUGGCCCGAGAGGCGUGAGGAGGAGGAGACGGAGGACUGAGCACCGUCCACCCCGCAAGGCAUCAUGCCCAGGUCCUUUCUGGUGAAGAGCAAGAAGGCGCACAGCUACCACCAGCCCCGAGCCCCCGACGGGGAGUACAGCCUCAGUCUGGAGAGCGUCCUGGCACAGAUCUGCGCAGACACUAAGGUUCCAGGGCAGAUGCCUCUGGGUCUCCCGGAGCCAGAGCCCUCGCAGGGCCGCUUCUCCCCGGAAUCUCAGUUGCCCGACGGGGCGGACGGCACCUCGGAGUCGGCUCCCAGCUGCGAGGGCAGCCUCUGCGACCGAGCCGCCGAGCUGGAGGAUAUGUGGAGGCCGCCUUCUCCCUCGGCUUCCCCAGCCUCCGAGCGCUCCAUCUGCCCCUCCUUGGACGAGGCUCCCCCCUUCUCGGUGCCCUUGAAACCCUAUGCCUGGAGUAGCCUUGGGAAUUCUGAGCUGAGACAUUUGGUACAGAGCUACAGGCCCUGCCCAGGUCUGGAACGUAGCUCAUCCCUUGGUCUCUUCUGCGAGAGGGGAUCUGAGCCCGCUCUCUAUGGAUCGGAGCGCAGCUCAGCGCUGGGACUCUAUGGUGACUUUGGCUCCCCUGGACUCUUUGAGCGGCCAGCAGCAGCCUCUGGGAUCUACGUUGAAGCCCCGCCUGGACUCCAACAGGAGAAGAGUGCAAGUAGCAUCAAAUUGGAAUCGGAGCUCCUCUGUCGCCCCCUGUUAAUCAGCGCUGGUUCCUACAAGUGUGUCAAAUGCAGCAAGGUCUUCUCCACUCCCCACGGCCUGGAGGUGCACGUUCGUCGUUCACACAGCGGCACCAGGCCCUUCGCUUGUGAAAUGUGUGGCAAGACAUUUGGCCACGCAGUUAGCCUGGAGCAGCACAAAGCUGUGCACUCACAGGAGCGCAGCUUUGAUUGUAAGAUCUGUGGUAAGAGCUUCAAGAGGUCCUCCACCUUGUCCACCCAUCUUCUCAUCCACUCAGACACCCGGCCUUAUCCAUGCCAGUAUUGUGGGAAGAGAUUUCACCAGAAAUCUGACAUGAAGAAGCACACUUUCAUCCAUACAGGUGAGAAGCCCCACAAGUGCCAGGUGUGUGGCAAAGCCUUCAGCCAGAGUUCCAAUCUCAUCACCCAUAGCCGGAAGCACACGGGCUUCAAGCCCUUUGGCUGCGAUCUGUGUGGCAAAGGCUUCCAGAGAAAAGUGGAUUUGCGGAGGCACCGAGAGACGCAACAUGGUCUGAAAUGAGAGCCAUGCAGAAUCUUGGCAGGGAGGGGGAGGGAACCCGGGGAACCCCCAAAACACUAUGUCAACAGACUUUUUCCUCCUCCCUUGGUGGGCUGCCCUUUUCCUGCCCCCGCCUCUCUUGUCUGGCCACUUCCUGCCAUGUUCUCACCAAACAGGAAGUCAGAGCAGACUGGCCAGCAUUUUGUAGAACUUCACCCGGAAGGUCUUGGAAUGAAAAUGGAACACCAAGGCUGAAGGAAAGUGGGGUGAAGUCUUUUCGCCCCCUCUGUGUCUCUUCCUUUAAAAUUAAACACUGGAAAAAUAACAUGCACACCCCACCGCCUUAAAACCCCCCAAAGUCUUUGUAUACAUAAGCUACUGGUGCCUAUGAACCAGAAAGUCCUUUAAAAAAUGAAUUUCCCAGCUAACCCUUGAUUUCCUGAAAGUUAUUUUUUAUCUGGGAAAUCUAAACUACCUGAGUUUACAUGGUCAACACACUGAGCAGCUUGACAAAGGAGAGAGAGUGACUGUAUUUAAUUUUCCACCGUUCAACAACUUGUGACUGGUUUUCAUCGAUUAUUUGGACCUGGGACCUCAAGGCCCUGCCUUUUCCAGAGUUUAUAGAGCUCCUAUUAGGCAGCUUCCUAGGAUUGCUCCCAGCUAACUGGUCUUAGGCUCCAAAUUUAGGAGUAUUGGAUUGUGGCCCAAUACAUUUUUCCAACUGAAGGAAAGAGCCCCUUGGCUACUUCAGCUAACCUUGCCUAGUCUGGUUGAGAAUGCCUGAACAAGUUGGAGGUCAGCAUUUAGAUGUUGUGCAGAGUCCGGCAUUCCCCACAUGCUCCACGCUGUGUUUCACCAAGAUGUCAUCUCCAAAUUUUAGUCUUCAUUGCACACCCAGGCCAAGUGUUAAUCUCCGGUAGCUCCCUUCAUGCCGGGGAUUUGCAACUUUUAGGACAACACAAUGCUCCUAUCCAAGAAUUUCAGUCUACCUACUUUAUGUCCUGGUUUUUUUGUGGUGCAUGUAUGGCUUUGCCUUUGCACCUGUUUGGAAGAGCCAAUAAGAAAGAGCCUUAUUAUUAAAAAUUGUUCAUUUGCCCUUGAGUUGAAGAGGGCAGAAAUAAGGGAUGAGGACAGAUUUUUGCUUUUAAAUACAUUGGCAUUCUGUGAUUAGAUAACCAGUAGGUGAGAAAUAGCUGAGGAGCUCCUGUUACUCUGGACUGAAUAUUUAGGUUAUAUGCUCUCAGAUGGUCUCAAGCCUGGAAGGACCCAUAAAUUAGUAUCGGUUUGUUAUAGUAUGAAUUUGCCUUAACUAAUCCUGUGCAUACCUCAUUGUGGGCAGGGGUGGGGGAAGAAUCUGUUUUUACUUUAUAGAUAGUAUUGUAAAUGCCUUUAUUUAGAUUUUACAGUGUGUCUUAUGUUCAUUGAUGCAUAUUUAUUGGAAUAAUGUUUUAAAUUAAUAAAGUCCCGAGGAUCCCCAGAAGCAGUAUUUAUUUCAACAGGACGUAUUAACCAAACCAGAGGUGCUAUUCUAGAUGAACUUACUUGGAAAUCGGGUCCACAAAUCAAUGGACUUAUUUUCCCCAAUGGUGUCGGAAUUACAGCAAAUCAGUUAACAAAGCUUGCUAUAAGAUCAGGCAAAAAACAAGAGAGAACACUGAAGCCGGGAGGAAGACAGACAAAGCGCAAAUCGGCCAAAAAGGUGUCACUUUAAGGCCACACUUUGACAGGCAUAUUCAUGUCAAAUCAGUGCCAGAGUUGGAGUCCUAUCAGCCUGUGCACCCUAUAUAUACAGAAACCAAGAUAGUGCCAAACAGUACAAAGGUAUGGACAGCUGCACUGCAAAACGAUCUGAUUCCCCCACAGCGGUGCCCUCCUCCUCGACAAUGCAGACAUUGCCUGGACAGGAGUUUAUAUUGCACAUGAUACAAAAAAUAAUAAUAAUCAGCCAGAGCGGCCUGGACUGAGCAGGAUCGCAGAUAAGCAGAUUCUUUUUCUAGGGUGCAACCCGAUACGUACCUAUUCAGAAGCAAGUCCCGUUGGCUUCAGUAGGGGCUUACUCUCUGGUAAAUUGGUGUAGGGUUGCAGUCUUUUGAUCUCCUCCGCAAGCUGUGCCCAUGUAACCUGCGUGGCAAUUAUACAGGCUUAGAGAGCACGCGAAGGAAGCUAUUUCAGCAUAUUACCAGGAUG